AUGAUGGCACCACCAGCAUUGUUUACUGCUUCACGCAGCCAGACACUCACCUACCUCCUAGCGGUGUGCCCGUUCUCCAUCGCCUUCCUAGUUUUCAUCAAUUCAUCCAUCUCCUUCGUCGUAACAGAUCUGAUUGGGCUUCAACACGGAGAGGGGGAUGCUGUUGGAACCUUGGGGUUUGCAGAUGAACUUCUUGCGCUGGUCGCCUGCCCACUCUGGGGUGUUCUCUCAGACCGAAUUGGUGUUCGACAUGUUUGUACAGCGGGCUACGCUAUCCUAGCGCUUGCGCUAGUCGUAUUCGUGCAGGCCACGAACGUGUACCCCCAGCUUCUACUGGGCAGACUGCUUUUCAGUGUCGGUGGAUCGGCCGUAUCGACCAUGGUCACCGCGGUCCUGCCCACUGUCACCGGCAGAGCCGACCCUCAAACAAACCGGGAAUCGGUUUCUUCGGACCUGACCAUCACGCCAGAGCGAGCCAGGAACGGACAGCAUGCCCCUGGAACGAGUGCAUCCCCAUCUGCCCGGCUAUCUGGAUUUGUUGGCACCUGCGCUGGCUGUGGCGCACUCGUGGCAUUAAGUGUGUUCUUGCCACUUGCGGCGCGGUUUGAGAAGAUAGGACUUUCUCCUGCGCAGGCGAUCCAACGCAGCUAUUAUGUAGUAGCUGCUGUAGCCCUGAUCAUCAGUUUAGUCUGCUUUGUCGGACUGCGCGAUCUACCUGGCGAAAGGAGUAAAAGCUGGAGCGCAUUGUGGAAAUCUGAUUCAUGCGAAGAUGACGAGGACGAGGAUUCAUUUGUGGACUACCCAAAACUGUCCUAUUGGAAGCAACUCUCGACUGCCUUGACAUUGGGCUUCCGAAAUCGCAGCAUUGGAUUGGGUUAUAUUGGAGGCUUCGUGGCGCGCGCUUCGUCGGUCGGGAUAUCUUUGUUCAUCCCCCUCGCUGUCAACCAUUACUACCGAACAUCCGGCCUAUGCCACGAAGAGCGUGAACCUCUACCCGGGUCCGGCCUGGGGGACAUCAAGAAAGCUUGUCCGCGUGCAUACAUUGUCGCAUCCAUAUUGACGGGAUCAUCACAACUGGUUGCAUUAAUUGCAGCACCAGCAUUCGGCUACCUGACUGACAAGUCGCGUCGAUAUAACUUCCCACUUUUGUCCGCCGCAUUGGUCGGAAUUAUCGGAUACGUUAUCUUCGCAUGUCUUCCGAGCCCCCAAUUCGAAAAACCAGACGGUAGCCUAUGGGUGUUCAUGGUGAUGGCUCUGCUCGGGAUUAGCCAGAUUGGAGCCAUUGUGUGUAGCUUGGCGGUGCUGAGCAACGGAAUUCUGCGGGUCAGCAUCGAUGACGAGGCACUCAGAAAACUACACGAAGAGCGAUGCGCCAACGGGGACGAGAACGAGCCCGACGAGGACCAGUCACUUCUGGGCGGGUCCGUCAAUCGGAGAUUAGAGCAUCUGUCCCACCUCAAGGGCUCCAUUGCCGGGGUUUACUCCUUGUACGGUGGGGUGGGUAUCUUACUGCUGACCAAAGUGGGCGGGCUGCUCUUUGACGUGCUAUCAUCGAGCACACCAUUCUUCAUCAUGGCUGGCUUCAAUGGGGUCUUGCUCACCACGGGGAUCAUUUGUGGGAGCAUGAAUCAUUUCGGGUUUGAGAUAAGUCGAUGA